CCCCACCACCUUCCAGCUGGAAAGCAACCCCAGAGCCAAGUACACCUACGGAGCCUUCUGUGUCAAAAAGUGCCCACAUAACUUUGUGGUGGACCACAGCUCCUGUGUGAGGGCUUGUCCCAGCAACAAGAUGGAAGUAGAAGAUGACCGCAUUAAGAUGUGCAUCGCCUGCACUGAUAUCUGUCCAAAAGCCUGUGACGGUAUAGGUACAGCCAGUCUGCAGUCAGCCCAGACCGUGGACUCCAGCAACAUAGACAAGUUCACCAACUGUACCAAAAUCAAUGGAAACCUGGUCUUCCUCAUCACUGGCAUUAAAGGGGAUGUGUACCACAACAUUGAGGCUCUGGAUCCAGAGAAACUGAAUGUGUUUCGGACUGUUAGGGAGAUUACAGGUUUCCUGAACAUUCAGUCGUGGCCAGAGAACAUGACAGACCUGAGUGUCUUCUCCAAUCUGGCAACCAUUGGAGGGAGAGCACUGUACAGUGGUAUCUCUCUCCUAGUGUUGAAGCAGCAGUGGAUCUCGUCCCUCCAGCUCCAAUCCCUGAAUGAGAUCAGUGCUGGUAACGUGUACAUCACCAAUAACAGUCAGCUGUGCUACUACAACACCGUCAACUGGACCGGCCUGUUCAGAGCCAACAACCAGAAGGUCCUCAUACGCAACAACAGAGACCCCAAAGAGUGUACUACUGAGCGGAUGGUGUGUGACCCUCUGUGUUCGGACGCUGGCUGCUGGGGGCCGGGACCAGACCAAUGCCUGUCCUGUCGCUACUUCAGCCGGGGACGCAUCUGUGUGGACACCUGCAACCUCUAUGAAGGGGAGGUGCGUGAGUAUGCCAACGGCUCGGUGUGUGUGGAGUGUGAUGCCCAGUGUGAUAGAGCAGACGAUGACUCCCUGACCUGUCAUGGCCCGGGUCCUGAUCACUGUGUGAAGUGUCUCCACUUUAAAGAUGGUCCUAACUGUGUGGAGAAGUGUCCUGAUGGCCUCCAGGGGGCCAACAGCUUCAUCUUUAAAUAUGCAGAGGCCAACAACGAGUGCCAUCCCUGUCACUCCAACUGCACCCAGGGGUGUAUUGGACCCAGACUACAGGACUGUAAUGGCAUAAUGGACAGGACUCCCUUGAUUGCGGCCGGGGUGAUAGGGGGCCUCUUCGUGGUGGUCAUCGUGGCUCUGAGUGUAGCCGUGUCCGUCCGCAGGAAGAGCAUCAAGAAGAAGAGAGCCCUGCGACGCUUCCUCGAGACAGAGCUAGUGGAGCCCCUGACACCUAGUGGUACCGCCCCUAACCAGGCCCAGCUCCGCAUCCUCAAAGAGACUGAACUCAAGAGGGUCAAGAUACUGGGCUCGGGGGCCUUCGGCACCGUCUACAAGGGUAUCUGGGUGCCGGAGGGUGAGACAGUGAAGAUCCCGGUGGCCAUCAAGAUCCUGAACGAGGCAACGGGACCCAAGGCUAACGUGGAGUUCAUGGAUGAGGCUCUGAUCAUGGCUAGUAUGGAACACCCCCACCUGGUCCGUCUCCUGGGGGUCUGCCUGAGCCCCACCAUCCAGCUGGUCACCCAGCUCAUGCCCCACGGCUGCCUGCUCGACUACGUCCAUGAACACAAGGACAACAUCGGCUCUCAGCUGUUGCUCAACUGGUGUGUCCAGAUCGCCAAGGGUAUGAUGUAUCUGGAAGAGAGGAGACUGGUGCACAGGGACCUGGCUGCCCGUAACGUGCUGGUCAAGUCCCCCAACCACAUCAAGAUCACUGACUUUGGUCUCGCUCGGCUGCUGGAUGUCAAUGAGAAGGAGUACAACGCUGACGGGGGCAAGAUGCCAAUCAAGUGGAUGGCCUUGGAGUGUAUCCACUACAGGAAGUUUACCCACCAGAGUGACGUCUGGAGCUACGGGGUGACAAUUUGGGAGUUGAUGACGUUCGGGGGGAAGCCCUAUGAUGGCAUCCCGACCCGUGACAUCCCAGACCUGCUGGAGAAAGGAGAGCGUCUUCCCCAGCCUCCCAUCUGCACCAUAGAUGUCUACAUGGUCAUGGUCAAAUGUUGGAUGAUAGAUGCAGACAGCAGGCCCAAGUUCAAGGAGCUAGCUGCAGAGUUCUGUAGGAUGGCCCGGGACCCCCAGCGUUACCUGGUCAUCCAGGGUGAUGACCGUAUGAAGCUGCCCAGCCCCAACGACAGUAAGUUCUUCCAGAGCCUGCUGGAUGAGGAGGAGCUGGAGGAUCUGAUGGAUGCUGAGGAAUACCUGGUUCCUCAUGCCUUUAAUAUCCCACCGCUGGCGUACACACCCAGGACACGUGUUGACUCCAACAGGAACCAGUUUUUUUACCAAGACCCAAGUUUCGGCAUGGAGGACAUGUUGGGUACCAUGGGGACCAUCCCACGGGUGCUGUCCCUGUCUGUAGUCCCAGGGUGCAGGCCCCCAGGGGACCAGUCUGCAGGGGGGCAGGGCGGCAGCGGCCAGGAGGACCAACGCUUCGAGGACCAGCGCUGUAACGGCACCCUGAGGAAGCAGGCCUCACCCCGGCCCGCAGGACCUCCAGGACAAGGCGGAGCCCCAGCCUCAGGUCCAGGGGAGGACAGCAGUGGACAGCGCUACAGUGCAGACCCAACCAUCAUGCUGGGGGAGAGAGGAGCUAGAGGAGACACAGACCAGGAUGGAUACAUGACCGCCAUGAGGGAGAAGGCCUCCUCAGACUAUCUCAACCCAGUGGAGGAGAACCCGUUCGUGACGCGCCGGAGGAAUGGAGACACCCUGACCCUGGACAGCUGUAACCCCUACCAGGUGGCCCCCAUAGGCCCCCAGCUGGCCGGCUCCGGCCCCAGAGAGGAUGACGAAUACGUCAACGAGCCCCUCUACCUCAACACCUUCCACAACCCCGGAGGACCAGGGCCAGGAGAGGGAGACUACACCGACUACACCCUGAAAAAUAACGGAGUCCCUGGGGGACACAACCCUACCCUCGCCACUCUUGCCAGCCAACCAGGCGCCACUGGCCUCACUGCUGGCCAAUCAGGCACCACCCAGGCAGGGAACCCCGCACACAGCGUCCAGGCAGCCAACGCCCACACUGUCUCCGCACAACCGGGAUACGCUGUACCUCCGGGGCUCGGCGCAGCCGGCCCUCACCCAGGGCACAUCCUGCACCCAGGUCACCCCUCCCACCCCGGGUACACCCUCCACCCUGGUCUCACAGGCACCAUCAUGGUGGACAAGAAGACCAGACAAGACAAGAACAAGACAUUUGACAAUCCAGAGUACUGGCAGCAUAGCCUCCCUCCCAAGGCCACCCUCCACAACCCCGAGUACCUGCAGGACUGCAGCACACGCUUCUUCUACCGGCAGAACGGACGUAUCCGGCCUGCCGUGGCUGAGAACCAGGAGUAUUUGACAGAGUUUGCCCUGAAACCCGGGACUGUGCUACCGCCCCCGCCCUAUAGACAGAGGAACACUGUAGUGUAACGUGGAGUAGUGAAGAGGAGGAGAGGAGGACUGGGUGAGAAGAGGAGGAAGACAAGGGGAGGAGAAGGAGCG